UAUACAAAUGGUUUCACAAGCUGAGUAGUACUUAUCAAAAACAUGUGAACUGACGUUCAUGUGUAAAAAUCAGUGGAUCGCCACUUUAAACUGAGCUUCAGCAGAAAAGCUUUUGUUUCCUCAUCUGCCCAGAUUGGACUUGGAGAGAAAGCGGAGGUUAUUUAACUGCGGUGCACUGAUAAGAAGUUGCAUAUCUCAUUUCAUUGUUGCAAAUCCACAUUCAAAAAGAAAAUGGCUGAAGGAGCAAACCCAACUGCGGUCACUUGCGUGAAAGCUCUCACAGCUUUUGUUGAAAAUGGAAAAGCUCUGCUGGACCUCGCCGAGAAGGAGAGCAAAGAAGGCUCUGUCCAGGAAUUCAUCAGGCAGAAAAUCCGCAUUGUGCAAAAGCAGUCGCUGCUGGGCCUGAUUGAAGCUGCUGCAGCCUUGUACAGAAGUCUGUCUGUCAAGAGGAAAAAGGACGCAGAGGAUCUACUGAGAAAAAACAAUCACUGUGCUGCUUUGCGGGACGCUGUGCAAGACUUUGAGCAGCUAGCAGUGCAGUGGGAUUCCUUUCUACAGCGUUUGGAUGAUGAGUUACAACUUAGUGCUAAAAUAUUGGCUGGGGACCAUCAACCAAGAUGUAUUUCACCAGACAUACCUCUCAUUGAUGCCAAAACAGGAGAAACAGUGACACUGGGAAAAUAUCUGGGGAAAGGUAAAAAGAUCCUGCUGGUGUUAAUCCGUCAGUUCUCCUGUCUGCUCUGCCGUCUCCAUCUUAAAGAUCUGCAGAAGAAUCAGAGAUCCCUGGAUGCACACUCUGUGGAAGUGGUGGUCGUUUCAUUUGGCUGUGAGGAGGGAGCCUCACACUGGCUACAGGAGACAGGCUGUCGGUACGACAUGCUGUUGGACCCUGAAAGAAAGAUGUACACUGCAUUCGGCCUGCAGGCUUCUCUGAAGAAAGUAUUGAACUUCAGUAACAUGCUGCUCUAUGCUGAGUAUGUGGCGGACAACAUGGAGUUUCCCAGAGAACUUCCAUCGAUUCAAGACGACAUGUUUCAGCUGGGAGGCGAUUUUGUUUUGGACGAACAUGGGAGGGUGCUGUUUUCUCAUUGCUGCCAGAGUCCAAUAGACCGACCCUCAGUGGAGGUCAUAUUAUCAGCACAGUGAAGAUUAAACUCCUUCACGCACAACACAGAUGAAUUAAAGGAAUACAGAAACAGUUAAUGCCGGCUGAUAAAUUUUUGUACAAACUUUAAAAUAAGAGCGACUGUUGUAAAAUGAUAGCUAUAGUGACAAUCAGCAAUAAGCAACAAAUGAAACCUUGCUGAUAACGACUAUUAGAAUUAUUAAAACAGAAAUGCAACAUGUUCUUCAGAGGGUUUAAAAUCACAGAUAAAUGCAUCAUAUUAAAAUGUCAUUGCACAAUUAACAACCUUUCACUUUAAUAAGAAAAUUGAUUGAGCUCAUUUUGUAAUGAAACUA